GUUUCAUCCAACUGAGGGGUAAAGAGGAGAGCAAUAGAUAGAGAGGGAAAGGAAGUCAUGAAAAAACAUUUUCUUUUACCUCUCUUCUUCUCGUUGUUCUUCACAAUCCCGCGUGUCACUCACCAGUAUGCCUGCGAUAAGAGUGUCCCUAACACGAGCACGUAUCAGUUCUGUGACACUACAUUAUCAUAUGCAGCCCGAGCCAAGGACCUAGUGUCGCGCCUCACCCUUGAAGAGAAGGUGCAGCAGUUGGUGAACAAAGCCACGGGCAUUUCUAGGCUCAGUGUGCCUGCCUAUGAGUGGUGGUCUGAAGCCCUUCAUGGAGUGUCAAACACUGGCCCUGGUGUACGUUUCAAUGCCACUGUGCCUGGUGCAACUAGUUUUCCAGCAGUCAUUCUCUCGGGUGCAAGUUUUAAUGCAUCUCUGUGGUAUAAGAUGGGGCAGGUUGUGUCCACAGAGGCUAGAGCUAUGCAUAAUGUGGGGUUGGCCGGUUUGACAUUUUGGAGUCCGAACGUCAAUGUUUUUCGUGAUCCCAGAUGGGGACGGGGACAGGAAACCCCCGGAGAGGACCCUCUGGUGGUGUCAAAAUAUGCUGUGAAUUAUGUUCGAGGGCUGCAGGAGCUCGGUCAAGAGGGGAACUUCAGCAGUGACAAGCUCAAGGUUUCCAGUUGCUGCAAGCACUACACUGCAUAUGAUGUCGAUAACUGGAAAGGCAUCGAUCGAUUUCACUUUGAUGCAAAGGUAAGUUUGCAGGACCUGGAAGACACGUAUCAGCCCCCGUUCAAGAGCUGUGUUGAGGAGGGACAUGUUAGCAGUGUAAUGUGCUCAUAUAACAGGGUAAAUGGUAUCCCAACUUGUGCUGAUCCAAACCUUCUCAAGGGGAUUAUUAGAGAUAAAUGGAAUCUAGACGGAUACAUUGUUUCUGACUGUGACUCUAUCGAGGUUUACUACAAUGCGAUACAUUACACAGCCACGCCUGAAGAUGCAGUAGCCCUAGCACUGAAAGCAGGUUUGAACAUGAAUUGUGGAGAUUACCUCGGAAAGUACACACAGAAUGCAGUGAAACUGAACAAAGUGGAAGAGUCUGUUGUGGACCAGGCCUUGAUCUACAAUUACAUAGUCCUGAUGAGGCUUGGAUUCUUCGAUGGUGACCCCACCAAGCUCCCAUUUGGGGAACUUGGUCCCACUGAUGUAUGCACUGAUGAUCAUCAAAUGUUGGCUUUGGAGGCUGCUAAACAGGGAAUAGUCUUGCUGGACAACAGGGGAGCUCUGCCCUUGUACAAAGACACCAUCAAGAAUGUAGCCAUCAUAGGACCUAAUGCUAAUGCCACUGAAGCCAUGAUAAGUAACUAUGCUGGUGUGCCUUGUCGCUACACUAGCCCUUUGCAAGGGAUGCAGAAGUAUGUUCCGACUGUGACAUAUGAGCCAGGAUGUGCAAAUGUUGGCUGCAGUGAUGAGAGCCAAAUCGAGGCAGCAACCAAAGCUGCAGCUGGGGCUGAUGCAGUGGUGCUGGUGGUGGGGCUUGAUCAGUCCAUCGAGAGAGAAGGGGUCGAUAGAGUGAACUUGACUUUGCCAGGAUUUCAAGAGAAGCUUGUAAGCAAAGUUGCCAACGUGACAAAUGGAUCUGUGAUUCUUGUCAUUAUGUCAGCCAGCCCAAUCGAUAUCUCCUUUGCAAAAAAUAACGCCAAGAUUGGGGCUAUUUUGUGGGUAGGCUAUCCUGGUCAAGCUGGAGGAGAUGCCAUUGCACAAGUCCUAUUCGGGGACUAUAAUCCAGGUGGAAGGUCCCCAUUCACUUGGUACCCACAGGAGUAUGCAGAUAAGGUGCCAAUGACUGACAUGAACAUGAGAGCCAAUGCCACUCGAAACUUCCCGGGAAGAACCUACAGAUUCUACACGGGGAAAUCUAUAUAUGAAUUUGGCCACGGCCUAAGCUACUCCCGCUUUUCUGCAUUCAUAACAUCCGCACCUUCCACUGUACUCGUACAGUUGCUGCCUAAUGCUCUUCGCGGCCAAGAAAUCAACGUUUCAGCCAUAAAUUGCAAGAACCUGCAGUUCCAAGUGGUGGUUGGAGUAAAGAAUGACGGUCCAGUGGAUGGCACGCACGUUGUGCUGGUGUACUGGAAGUCAGCUAGUUCAUCGGGGGUGGCUGGGGUGCCGAACCAGCAGCUGGUGGGAUUUGAGAGGGUGGAGGUGAAGAAGGGGAAGACAGAGUCAGUGAGUGUAAAGAUAGAUGUGUGCAAGGACCUGAGUGUGGCGGAUGGAGAAGGGCAGAGGAAGCUGGUCACUGGGCAGCAUACCCUUUUGGUUGGCUCUGCCAGUGAGCGCCAAGUGAAGCAACAUUUCAGCAUUAAGCUGACAGAGAUGAAGAUGAAGAAUGUAUAUUAGUGCUUCAGUCGAGUGUAGAGCAGCAAAUGACACUCACUUGCUGACAUAUUGGACAGCUACUAAUAGAAGAAUAAAUGGGAAAAAAAGGAAUUGCCAAAAUGAGCUAA